CCUGUGAUAACGAAAUUCACUUAAAUUAACUUAUUCAAGUGCAGUCGUGAUCUAAUUUACAUUUUCAUAUAAUGUUACCGUUGCUUAUUUUACUAUUGAAAAUAAAAUAACAUCGCAAAUGACACAUUCAUAAAAAAGGUGUACUUUAGCAUAAUCCUAAUCGUACAAAUUUUAUCAUGUUAUACUUGACUCUUGUUUGACAGAAGCACUUCGGAAGAUUUUUAUAGAAAAAAAAUUUAAGAAAAUGUUAAGAAGUGAUAAAGUUUUGGAAAAUGCAAUGACAGGUGGUACUGGCAUAAUAUGCGACUAUUGUUCUUGGAUCAGCGAGAUCUUAGCCAAUCUUGAGACACAGAUUAAAAAGAAGAAGAAGAAAAAAGUACCACGGGUGAAUCCGAUCAUCAUCGUUCACGGAGGUGCUGGAAGAAUUCCCCGAUAUGCGCGAAAGUUCAUGCUCGAUGAGGUGAAGAAAGCUGCGGUGGCGGCAUAUGAAGAUCUAAUGAAAGGACGCUCCUCGUUAACUGCAGUUGAGCGUGCAAUUUGUCAUAUGGAGAGAAAGAAAUAUUUCAAUUGUGCCUAUGGGGGUUCUUUGGAUGCCAAUGGAGAAGUCGUGAUGGACGCCGCGAUAAUGACAAGUGAUUUUCGCGCAGGUAGUGUGGGCGCUGUUCGUAAUAUAGCGCAUCCUAUAACGUUAGCCAAGAUGGUUCUGCAGAAAACAAAACAUGUGUUGAUAGUUGAAGCUGGAGCGCAAAAGUUCGCUUUGGAAUCGGGCAUUUCUACUUUAUCACCUGGUCAAUUGAUCGUCACAUCUGAUUCAAAAACGUCGUUGCACGAAGAAAAGAAUAAUGGUAAAGAACAAAGAAACAAAGCUAUUUUAAAGAUAAUUGUAUUAUUGAUAAUUACUAAAUUUAAAGAAACGAGCAAAACACAAGAAUUUCUCCAAAAUGAAGAAAAACGAUCUGGUAAGAAAGAAUGCAUACCGGAAUGCGUGAUCCAAAGACAUGAGGAGGACGAAAGUUCUAUCUCCGAGGUUACAGUCGUCGGAUUAGAUCAAUCUUUGGAAAUCGAGCCAGAUUCCAUACAGCUCGGUGCAGUUGGAGCAGUGGCAUACGAUCGGAAGAAGCGUCUUGCCAGUGGAACCUCGACAGCCGGAGACUCGGGAAAGCUGCACGGCAGUAUAAGCGCGACCGGUACCGCAAUCGGUUGCGGUAUUUACGUUGAUCAAGGCGGGUCCGUGUCCGUCUCGGGUUGCGACAAAGCAAUCUAUAAACACGCGCCAGCUCAGCGAAUCUUACGGCGAUUGCCGAAGGCAACGUCGAUUGAUGAAGCGGUCAGCGCGGUGCUGAACGACUUCGUGAAAGAAACCGGAGGUGUCGACGUGGGCGCGAUUGCGUUGACUGCUGAAGGAACACCCUUGGUGUCAUUCAAGUGCAUGCAUUUCCCAUGGGCGUACUGCGACAAGGGCUAUUUGUAUUACGGGUGCGCAAAAAACGAGAUGUUUUCGGAGGAAAUCGAUGUCAUCGAACGGCCAUCGGAGUGUAUAUGCGAGGAUAGCGAUUAGACAAAAUGUCAAAGAAUCGAUCUUAGUCCAAAUCAGAGCUGCAACGAGCUCAACCUGUAUCAUCUUUA